CUCGGCAACCUCCAUCUUACCCUUCCUCCUCCUCAUCAUCAUCUUCUUCCUCAAAUCAAUCAACUCCUCCCAACCCUAAACCCUCAAUCAAACAUUAAAAAAAAACAAUCUUUCUCAUCCCGCGCAAAAAUCCCAUCUUGAUCAAUCCCCCCAUGAUCGAUGCAGUUCACAGAAAACACCGGCUCUGUCUACUUCGCCCCCCGCUCCAAAACAACAAUCCCCACCCCUCCACUCUCCCACCACCCAUGGCCCGAUCUCCCCACCUCCGUUAAAUCCCUCCCCGCCAUGACCAACGCCUCCUGCAUGGAACAGCUCCUCCUUCACUGCACCCACGCCAUCGAAUCCAACGACUCCACUCUCUCCCAACAGCUCAUUUGGGUCCUCAACAACAUCGCCCCUCCUGACGGCGACUCCACCCAACGCCUCACUUCCGCCUUCCUCCGCGCCCUAAUCCUCCGCGCUUCCCGCUCCGGCUCUCCCAUCUCUUCCUCCAUUCCCUCCACCAAUACCCUCCCCUCCCCCCUCCGCCUCUCCGCCAUCUCUCUCGCAGCUUUCAUCGACCUCACUCCUUGGCACCGCUUCGGUUUCUCCGCAGCUAACGCCGCGAUCGUUGAAGCCGCCGACAGCUUCUCUGUUCUUCACCUCGUCGAUCUCAGCACCACCCACAGCAUGCAGAUUCCGACUUUGAUUGAAGCUUUGGCCGUGAGGGCCGAAAGGGCUCCUUUUCUUCGCCUGACGGUCAGCGGUGAUGGCGGUGAAUCGCCGCCACCGAAGUUGGAUAUGUCUUUGGAUGAGUUGGGGUCGAGACUCGUUAGCUUCGCCCGGUCUCGAAAUGUGGGGAUGGAGUUUCGUGUUAUAGAGUCGAGUUCCGAAGAUGGAUUUGAGAGUUUGGUGGAGCGGCUGCGGGCGGAGGUAGCCAGCGGGGAAGCGCUGGUCGUUAAUUGUCAUAUGAUGCUUCACCGCAUCCCCGAUGAGUCGGCCGCCGUCGGAACUGUCUCCUCGCGGACGAUGUUCAUGGAGGGCCUCCGCUCCCUUAAUCCGAACCUGGUAUUGAUAGUGGACGAAGAAGCGGACUUCACCGCGGUGGAUGUGGCGGGGCGCCUUCGGGCGGCGUUCAACUAUCUCUGGAUACCGUUCGACGCGGUGGAGACGUUUCUGCCGGCGGGGAGCGAUCACCGGCGAACUUACGAGGCGGCGAUUUUCUGGAAGAUUGAGAAUGUGAUAGCGCAGGAAGGGUUGGGGAGGGUGGAGAGAUUGGAGCCGAGAAGCGUGUGGGGUCAGAGGAUGAGAUCGGCAGGGUUUCAGGGGAUGCGGUUCGGCGGCGAGGCGGCGGCGGAGGUGAAGAGUAUGUUGGACGAGCACUCCGCGGGUUGGGGAAUGAGGAGGGAUGAGGAUGAUUUGGUGCUGACGUGGAAGGGACAUGAUGUGGUUUUUGCCACUGCUUGGGUCCCAUCAAUGUCCACGUCGACUUGUUGAUCAGCGCCUUUCCAUUAAGAUCAAAUGGUGAGUUGUUAAUGUAUGAUGAGAGUUUAUUGGGGA